CUUCGAAAUCAUAUUCGUGUCAGUGGUCGCCGCAUAUCCUAACGGCAACUGUAAAGAAUCCUUUCACAACGAAAUCAUGCAUCACUUCGCGAAAGUUAUCCUUCUCGUUUGCGUCGCUAUGCUUGCUGCUGUCUAUACGGAAGCUUUUGCGACACCUUCCCGGUCCGUGCAGUCUUCAGCCGUGUCGAUUACGAACAGUAUGCCUUUCCGCACUUCGGCAUUAAAUGAACGCCGCUGGAACUUCAAUGACGGACAGGCUCCGUGGGGUCUGAAGAAGAACGCAGAAAUUUGGAAUGGACGUGUUGCCCAAAUGGCUUUCGUGCUAGUCUUUCUGCAAGAGUUAAUUCAGGGCAAGGGUGUUAUUCAGGGUCUACAGGAAGGCGACCCCGUCAAUAUUGCUAGCGCUGCGGCAUUUGCAGUUUUUCUUCUGUCUUUCACGGCAUUCUUGGCAAUCAAGGGAGACGACGAUUAUGUGCAAUAGAUCAAGAGAUAGUAGUAGCAAGACUCUCCCCUGCGGGUUCUGCGGCGAUGAUCGGAAGCCAGUGCGUCGUCAGAAGCUACCCUACAAAAGGGGGCGUUCUUAGCCUAAUCGUACGCACCGAAUUGGAUUCUAAACAAAUAGCUAUAACCUU